AUGAUCCCCAGAAGAGGUUCACCAUACGCAGCCGCUAAUGCACCUUUGGCCAUGCUCCGCCGACGCUCCGAUACCCAGCCCAUGGGACCGCAACGGGCUGCUUCAACCCGAGAGGCUGCGGCACCUGUGGCGCACAAGCCAUCUGUAUCGAAAACGGAAGAACGUGAGACCAACGAAAAACUCCAAGAGCAGUGGAGCGAUGCGAUAUGUAGGAAUAUGAAUUUGCCCAAAGGCUAUGCGCAGGUUGCAGUGCUUAUCGUCAAGUGGGCCGAGCACCUUGACGAGCUUAGAACUGCUGAAGAAGUGGAAAAAUUAACGGAGGUCUUCCGCGAUGACUUCCACUACGUCACAGUAACGGUUUCAUUGGACGACAAUUCGUCACCACAACACCAGCUUGUCCAUGAAAUCACCGGCUUUCUCAAGCACUUUGACGACCCGAACAACUUGCUGAUAAUCUAUUACACCGGCCAUGCCGGCUUCGACGAAGACACUGGUGAGCUGGAGUUCUACGCAAGGAAAACGUCGGAAGACAUACCAGGAGCCCGCUAUGCCGCUCAGUGUGCAGGGUGGAACUCGGCGGAAAGCCUGUUCUUGCAAGGCACACAAGCCGAUACCCUCGCGAUUCUGGACACGUGCUAUGCAAGCAACGUCACCAAAGGGGCACAGGACACUGGAAGAGCUUACCAGCUACUUGCCGCCAGUGGGCCUGGUAGAAUGACAGCAGGUCCGGGCCGCAAGUCUUUCACUACCGCCAUGAUCGAAUCUCUCAAAGAGUGCCUCAACGAGAACGGACAUAAGCCCUUUAGCCUGUGGAAGCUGAGCUCCAAAAUCAACGAGAAGCAGUACCGGCGGCAGAAUCCUUGCUUCCCGCAUGACAGGCUGAAGAAGCACGACCGGCAGAUAGAACUGGCGCCCCUCAAAGGGAAAAGGUCGGAAAGAGACGAGAACAAAAUGGCCCUGAUGCAGAGGACUAGCGCCGCUGAUCUGACGUUGCGUUUUGCUCUCGGCUCCAAGUCAUUUACCCGGGAACACAUCGAAAAGCUAACGAGGGAGCUGCCCAAAGCUUAUGAAUCUGCCGGACUCAAGCUGCAAAGAAUCGAUUGGGUAGGCCUCGAGGAACGGCCGCCCAUAGACUUCAGGAGCACGGUCACUGCCUUCAGCGUUGCGCAUCGUUGGUUGCAAAGGGCCUUGCCAAACCGGAAGAGAAGUGCCAGACUUCAAGAGGAGCCAUUCAGGGUUGUGACCGAUGAUCUCCCACCCCCCCGAGAGCUUCCACAGCCCCAUGGCGCUUCGACCAAUGUUGAAACGGCCGCGCUCAAUAACACCGAGCUCGACAGCAUGCAUGCCGAAGCUACCCCGCCGGCACUGGAAAGAGGAACCCACCGCCAGGAUCCUGAUGACUCAAACUUGGAUGCAGUCCCCACGCCGCCAAGGGAGCAGGCCGUGUCUGAUAAGAUUGGGAGCGUUGCUCAAGUUACGGCGGCAGUGAUCGGGAUGGGCCUCUUGUCCUGCGUGACAACGGUUCUCUGUACACGCGCAGCGCUCAAAAGCUUUCGGCUGUGA